UUAUUCAAGGUAUUAUCACCUGGAAUCAUUGGAGGCCUACUCCUGCCUCUUCUUGGCACAUUGCCAGAUGCAGCCAUCAUAUUGGUCAGUUGCUUGGGAGGGACACCCUUAGAGAUACAACACAAAGUGGUAGUUGGAAGUUUAACAGGAGGAAAUACAUUCUUAAUUACAAUACCAUGGGCAAUUGCUGUGUUUAGAGGUCGAUGCGACUUCUCAGAGAUUACAGGAUUGGCCAAGAAUAAGACAUAUACUGGAUGGUCAUGGCGCAAAUGUGGUGUGUCAGUGAUGUCCUAUACACCAACACUGUGUCGAAUAAUGAUGUUGACCUUGCUGCCAUAUCUAAUCAUCACUUUGGCAUUCCUCAUAUCAGAGGCACAAGGAUCAAAGAUCAACGAGCGAGAAAAGUACUGGGCAUUGUCCGCCAGCAUCAUAUGCAUGGUUGGCUUCGUCACGUACAGCAUCUAUCAGAUGUACGAUGUCCGAUACCAGGAGCGCAAACUCAAUCUCAUUAGGAAACGAUUCCUCUGGGAUCAAUUCCUGAGGCAUGUGUCGGUGCAGGUCAAGAUGGGUCUGAAGCGAAGGACGUUCGAACGAUGUCUAAGUGUGCCAUCCAUCAAGAAACCAAUGAGAUUGGACAACUACCAACACAAUUUAAGUAGUGUGUUCCAUGGCCUGAAGAAUAAGAUCAAUCACCUGGACGAAGAGGACCUGAUGCGACAUGUGGAUGUAUCAUCACAUCAGUUUGUGGACCUCACCAUCGACCCAUUCGAAAAGGGUCCUGCGGACGACGUCAGCAAACGCCGAUUCAUCCUCAAGGCCACAGCAUGUCUUGUGAUGGGCACUGCCCUCGUCUUCCUCUUUGCUGAUGCCUUUGUCAACAUCAUCACCUCGUUCUCGGCGCGCAUUGGAAUACCUCCCUUCUACAUCUCGUUCAUCGUCGCACCCUUUGCUCUCAACGCCAGCGAGCUUGUAUCCAGUUGGAUACUGAGUGGACACAAGAAAAGAAAGCACAUAUCAUUGGUGCACUCGGCUCUGUAUGGCGCCGUGGCGAUCAACAACCUGGUGUCACUUGGCAUACUCAUGUUUAUGAUCUACUAUCGAGGCCUGAUAUGGGACUUCUCGGCAGAGACCCUUGUGAUAUUCAUUGUCACGUUGACCGUUGGACUGCUUGGCAGUUUCCGUAUCACUUUCAACAUGAUACAUGCACUGGUCGUCUUCUGUCUCUUCCCAUUGUCAAUUGGAAUCAUAGCACUGUUGGAGAGUAGUGCCAUUGGU